CACUAGUGGAAAAAACCCCUGUUGUAGCCCCCUUGUUGAGGGGGGCAUACAUAAGCGCGCCUCAAUAGCUACUUAGUCAACGCGGGUCAAAUAUUUUACUAUUCUAUUGAAGCGGGCUUUUUUGGUGUUCGCUUCUACAGAAGCUGUUGAAGGGGGCUUUCCUUGCCCGCCUCAAUAGAGAGAAGCUGUUGAAGGGGGCUUUUAAUUGCCCGCCUCAAUAGGGUCCUUCUGUUGAAGGGGGCUUUUAAUUGCCCGCCUCAAUAGGCUACAUUAAAUUUAAAUCAAUUACAACCACCGCCAAACAGAUAAGCUUCUCUUCACAUCUCGUCGUACUUCACAUCUCUUCCAACGCAUACCUAUCCUCACCGCGCGACUCCACCACCACCAUAACCACCACCACCACCUUCCUCACCGCGCGGCUCCACCACCACCAUCUGAAGGAGAGUUUCCCCACCGUCGUCUUUCCUACCUUCGCGCGACUCCAUCUGUUUCACACAAUCGAUUUGUGAAGCUAGGUUAGUUUUUAUUUGCAAUUAUUUGGGUAAUAAUCUUCUUUUUUCUCGUGCAUUUUCCACUUCAUUUCAUUUUUGUUUGAUUUCCCUUGUUCAUCGACCUAAUUGCCCCUGUUUGUUGUUUGAAUUCCUGCUCGACCUAACUCCAUCUGUUUUUUGUUUGAAUUCCUGCUCGAUAAUAUAUUGUUUGGUCAGAAAAUGGAUCAUGAAAGGUAUGACAGGGUUUUAGAGGCAUGUUCCUUGAAAAAGGAUCUUGAAAUCUUGUCUUUUGGAGACCAGACAGUUAUUGGUGAGAGGGGUAUCAAUUUGAGUGGUGGUCAGAAGCAAAGGAUGCAAAUUGCUCGUGCUUUAUACCAAGAUGCUGAUAUAUAUCUGUUUGAUGAUCCUUUUAGUGCUGUUGAUGCUCAUACUGGUAGUCAUCUCUUCAAGGAAUGUCUGCUUGGACUUUUAGAAUCCAAGACUGUGAUAUAUGUCACACACCAAGUGGAGUUCUUACCUGCUGCAGAUUUAAUCUUGGUCAUGAAAAAUGGGAGUAUAUUGCAAGCAGGAAAGUACAAUGAUAUUCUUAGUUCAGGAACAGACUUCAUGGAACUUGUAGGAGCGCACGAAGAAGCCUUAUCUGCACUUGAUUCAGUUGAGCCUGGAGUAAUAAAGCCGACAGUUCAUGAGGAAUAUAGUGGUACAAAACCCUUAGAAGAGGAGAGCAAUGUUGGUGAAGAUGGAAAAGCUGAUGACAUGGCAGGGAUUAAGGCACAACUUGUCCAAGAGGAAGAAAGAGAGAAGGGUAGAGUUGGACUUUCAGUUUAUUGGAAAUAUAUCACAACAGCAUAUGGAGGUGCUUUGAUACCCUUCAUAUUGUUAGCUCAGAUACUUUUCCAGACUCUUCAAAUUUUAAGCAAUUAUUGGAUGGCUUGGGCAACUCCUGUCUCGCCUGAUGCCAAACCUACAGUUGAUGAGAAAACUUUAAUAAUGGUGUAUGUUGUUUUGUCGGUUGGAAGUGCCUUUUGUAUCUUAGCAAGGGCAAGUCUCCUUAUGACUGUUGCAUAUAAGACUGCUACUUCACUUUUUACUAAGAUGCACUCUUGCAUAUUCCGCGCCCCAAUGUCGUUUUUUGAUGCUACCCCAAGUGGGCGGAUUUUAAAUCGGGCAUCUACAGAUCAGAGUGCUGUGGAUUUAAGCAUUCCAUCUCAAGUUGGUGCUUUCGCAUUCUCUUUGAUACAACUUCUGGGAAUUAUUGCGGUGAUGUCAAUGGUUGCAUGGCAGGUUUUCGUGAUUUUCAUCCCUGUUAUUGCAGUCUCUCUAUGGUAUCAGCAAUAUUACAUACCAUCAGCACGAGAACUUUGUCGAUUGGUUGGAGUAACUAAAGCUCCAGUGAUACAACAUUUUGCCGAGACUAUAUCCGGAGCAACAACUAUUAGGAGCUUUGAUCAAGAAUCAAGGUUUUGUCAAACAAGCGUCCAGCUAGUAAACGGAUAUUCAAGACCAAAGUUAGGUCGAGCAGGAAUUCAAACAACCGAGAAAAUAGUGCAUGGGGAAUCUUGUGUUUGGCAUACCAAGUGUACAAGUUUAAUGAUGGGAUUUGUCCGAAUAGAGCGACUAUGCAGGGGUUGAAAGGCUUCCAUGUAAAGUGUGCUCAACAAGUCGGCGCCCGCGAGUGUGGCUAUUACGUUAUGAAGUUCAUGCAUGAAAUAGUCACGUUACACCAUAACACUGAUGAGCGGUUAGACAAUGCUUACACUCCAAGAAAUGCGCCUUAUACCGAUGAGGAAAUAGAUGUGGUUCGUGAGCAAUGGGCUAAGUUUUUUACAACCGAGUAUUUAUUUACUUAGGUUGUUUAGACACAAAGAUGGAAGCGUUUAUAUCUUCAUGGAUUUGGCUAGGGAUCGAGUCGAUUGGAAGAAAGUCAACACGACCUUACUUAAGGUUUGUACGUAAUGCAUGAUCUAAAGGGACCUAAGUUGCUGGAUUAGAGACAUUUGUUAGAUUAGCUCUCUAGCCUUUUGUCUUUAGUUGUUAAUAUUAGUUGUAAUUUGUUAGACUAGCUAGGUGUUUAAAAAUUGUAAACAUACGUACUAUAUAUACGCUUUGCUCUGUUGGGUUAAUAUAAAUGAAGUUAAUGUAA